AUGUUUGGCUUCAAGGUGCUCCUUGCGAGCGUGGCGGCGGCCAUUGCUGUGGUGGGCGUGUCGGCCAACAACUCGAACCUCAAGCAGAUCGAGCAUGUGAUUCUCUUCAUGCAGGAGAACCGUGCGUUCGACCACUACUUCGGCACCAUGGCCGGUGUGCGUGGCUUCAACGACCCGAACGUGCAAAUCAAGAGCAACGGCAAGAGCAUCUUUGAACAGCCCGUGAACAGCAGCGCGAAGCCCCAGCCCCCGAAGGGCGUUGACUCGCUCAUGUACUGGUACCUGAACCAGGCCGGUGAUGAGUACGUCAAGGCGACCGACUGUGUGGUCGGUGGCACCAACGCCUGGGAGCAGAACCAGGCGGCCUGGAACAAGGGCAAGAACGACAAGUGGAUCGCUGAGAACACCCCCUACUCGAUUGGCUACUUCAAGCGCAAGGAGCUCCCCGUGCACUUUGCGCUUGCCGAGGAGUUCGUGGUCGGCGACGCUUACUACGAGAGCACCAUUUCGGCUUCGGACACCAACCGUGCCGUUUGGGUCUCGGGCACGAUCAACUCGCCCGGCAGCCCGCCCGGUGGCGAGCCUCUCAAGCAGGGUGGCCCCGUCAUCGACGACCACCGUGCCCCUGGCUGUGAGAAGAACUCGCGCGGCGAGCCCAUGGCCUGCCUGCCCGCCAAGUGGAAGACGAUCCCCGAGUACCUUGAAGAGCAGGACAUCUCGUGGCUGGUGUACGAGGACACGGACAAUGGCUACCACAACUUCCUGGAGCAGUUCGAGCAGUACGAGCAGGCUCUGAUUUCCCAGGGCCCUCUCGCCAAGCGUGGUAUCUACCGCCCUGGUCUGCACAAGUUCUUCUACGACCUGAAGAACGGCAGCCUGCCGCAGGUGUCGUACAUUGUGCCUCCGAUUGAGAUCUCGGAGCAUCCCCCGAACCUGGUCAGUGACGGCGCGUGGCUCCAGCAAGCUGUGGCGAAUGCGCUGAUGGAGAGCGACUACUGGAACAAGACUGCGUUGAUUGUGUCGUACGACGAGACGGGUGGCUUUGCCGACCACGUCAUGGCCCCGCACGCCCCGAAGGGCACGCCCGGCGAGUGGAUGGAGGACCCGUACGACCACCACCUUGGCCAGGCCCCCACCGGUCCCGGCUUCCGUGUGCCGUUCUACAUUGUGUCGCCGUGGACCCGCAAGGGCGGUGUCUUCACCGAGCACGCCGCGCACGAGAGCCAGAUCCUGUUCCUGGAGAAGUGGUCGGCGGCGCACGGCAAGAACUGGACCUCGAAGGAGAUGAACCCCUGGCGCCGCAAGCACAUGAGUGACCUGCUGAAUGCCUUUGACUUUGGCAACCAGGACACCAGCGUGGCCAACGUGCCCAAGGUGCCCGCUGCCUCGAAGGACCCGGUCACCAAGCUGUACAACGGUGUGCCCAAGUGCAUGAAGAAGUACAAGGGUAUGAACCAGCCCCCUGUGCCGUACGGCAACCAGACCGAGCUCAAGCACGGCUACGACGUCGAGAAGGGCUACAAGCAGAUCCGUGGCGAGCUUACGGAGGGUCGCUACCUGACGCUCGAGACCUACUCGCACGCGCUCUCGCACAAGGGCAACAAGCUCGGCUCGGCGAGCUCUUCGCACCAGAAGAACUCGGACGACGAGCUGUUCGUUGUGCACUGGCUCGGCCACCAGCCCAAGGACCACCGUUUCCACAUCGCCACCUCGGGUGGCAAGAACGCCUCCUACGUGAAGGACGACCUGUCGCUCACUUCGAGCAAGAGCCAGGCUGGCACCUUCACUUUCGACUACAAGAGCUCUGCCAAGGGCUUCACCAUCAAGGUCGGCGACAAGUACCUGUCGAUGGACGAGGAUGGCAGCGUCAAGACCGUCAAGAACGGUGCGACGACCUUCACGCUGUACAGUGUGACUAAGUAG